AAAGCGUCUUACUACGACAUCAGAUGCUUUUGGUGGUGAUUGGAGGUCUGGCAGCUGGUCCUCGCGCUCGGUGUGAAAUAGCAACCGUCAGGGAGAAGAACAGCAGUGAGCUCACUUCAGUUUAAACAGUCUAGGACUCCUACAUCACGGGCAGCAAGCUGUGGCUGUGUGUACACUGGGUACUGUACUGUAUAGUGUGCUCAGAUAGUGCUCACUCUGAGGUCUCGGGGCUCCGUGGUGACGUCCAUACUGCACACUAGCGUACUAAAGACUCACCAGUGCAAUGCAGCACCUCAGACACUGCAAAAGUUUUGCCCAUGUUUCAUUUCUCAUUGUGCCAAGGCAGCUGAAGAGCCCCAUCCCUGCAGUAUCUGUGUGGUCAGGAUUUCGUGCUCUGCAUUCGAGGAGCAGUAGCCAAGAUCAGCACUAUUCCAGAUUCAGAGGAUCAAGGUUCAGAUACGCAUUAACUGGCCUGGUAGCUGGAACUGGAGCUGUACUGGCUUAUGGACUCCAUCACAAUAAGGCCGAGCAAGCUGCAAUUCCAGUGACUCAGACGAACUCCCUACCAGUUUACAGCCAGGAAGAAGUUACAAAACAUUGCGCCGUUGAAAAGGGUAUAUGGGUCACUUACAAAGGAAGCGUCUAUGAUGUUACUGACUUUGUGGCCAUCCAUCCUGGUGGUGACAAAAUCCUUCUAGCCGCGGGUAAGGCUCUAGAACCCUUUUGGGCACUUUAUGCCGUUCAUGAACAAGAGCAUGUUCUGGAAAUUCUGUCUAAGUAUAAAGUUGGCAUUCUUCGAGCAGAAGUCGGCAAGAAGGAGGACAUUAAAUCUGCAGAUCCUUAUUCUACUGACCCUGCUCGUCAUCCUGCUCUCAGAGUGAACAGUUUAAAACCCUUUAAUGCUGAAUCACCGCCUGCCAUUCUUACUGAUAGUUAUAUCACCCCUUCUGCCAUCUUUUUCAAGCGAAACCACCUUCCUGUUCCCCGUGUGGAUCCUAAAACAUACAGGCUGAAAAUUGAGGGUCUUCCUGGAGGUACUGUGUCUCUGAGUUUGGACGAUCUUAAGUCUCAUUUUCCUAAACAUACAGUAAUGGCAACCCUCCAGUGUGCUGGGAACCGUCGUUCUGAGAUGGACAAAGUGAAGCAGGUCAAAGGUCUAAACUGGGGAAUUGCGGCAAUCAGUAAUGGUACAUGGUCCGGUGCUUAUCUGAGAGAUGUCCUGUACCAUUACGGCUUUGGUCCAGAGGUGGCAGCUAAAGCACGGCAUGUACAGUUUGAAGGUUUAGACAUGGAUGUGACGGGUACAGCAUAUGGAGCGUCAAUCCCAUUAAGCAAGGCCAUGAGUGAAGAGGGAGAUGUCCUGUUAGCAUACGAAAUGAAUGGAGAGGAUCUCCCGGCAGAUCAUGGCUUCCCGGUCCGUGUCAUUGUUCCUGGAGUUGUUGGAGCCCGAAAUGUCAAAUGGCUCGGCAAGAUAGUCAUCAGCGAAGAGGAAAGCCAGAGUCACUGGCAGCAGAAUGACUACAAAGGCUUUUCACCAGGCACUGAUUGGGACACAGUGGACUUUAAAUCAGCUCCUGCCAUCCAGGAGCUUCCUGUUCAGUCAGCCAUCACAAAUCUGGCAGAUGGUUCCUCAGUAGAACGAGACAUGGAGGAAGUGACUGUUAAAGGUUAUGCCUGGAGCGGUGGAGGAAGGGAGGUGAUGAGGGUCGACGUCUCGUUGGAUGGAGGGAAGACAUGGCACGUGGCCAAACUUCAGAAUAGCGAGGAAGGAGAAACUUCUGCACCUUCUCCUCCAUUUGGUCGAGCUUGGGCCUGGAAACUUUGGGAAAUAACAGUUCCAUUACCAGAUGGAGCUGAGGAGCUGGAGGUUGUUUGCAAAGCAGUCGACAGUAGUUACAAUACCCAACCAGACUCUGUGCCGCCUAUUUGGAACUUGAGAGGGGUUCUUUGCAAUGCUUGGCAUCGAGUCAGGGUGAAAGUAAUAUGAGGGUUUGGAUGAAAACCAGAAGAAGUUUUACUCAGGAAAACAAAUUUGUUAUACUUUAUAUGCCUCCAAGUGUUUAGGUGUUGACAGCUUCAAAUGUUUAUUUAGCCUACAUUAUAGCAUCAUACAAUGAACUAGCAUCAUACAGUAUUAGCAUCAUACAGUGAACUAGCAUCAUACAGUAUUAGCAUCAUACAAUGAACAGGCCACAAAACUGGAUGAGAUUUUAUUUUGUUUACAACCUACAUUACAAUCACUAUCCACAAUGGGAAAUCCUAUUUGCUUCACUUCUUGCCUUGUUUUUCAGUUAUCUUUGCCAAUUAUUAUUAUUAUAUUUGUCUGUACAUUUGGGGCUUUUGUACAGAACUGUAGUUCCCAUAGACUCUCACAUAACUAUACGCACAAAAAUGUUCCAUAAUGUAAUUUUCAUUGUAACAGGUAUUUCAUUCAGUAGAAGCAGACUGGAUUUGCUUAAAUAAUGAGUUGAUACUCAACAGCUGUGGUCCUGUGCUAAUGACAGGAAGGUUGUAAAUUCAAGUCCCAACACUGCCAAAUAGCUACUGUUGGGCUUUUAGCAUCACUUCUAAAUCACCUAAUGUGUCUGCCAAAUAAAAAAUGUAACAUCAAGUGAAAUUGGCUAUCUUUGCAGAAUGGGGAAAUAAAUGUUGUUUGGCACAUGACUAAAGUGA